AUGGCUAUUCCAGAUUUCGACGUCGACUCGAUCCUGCAACAACUGACUCUCCCUGAGAAAAUCUCUCUCGUAAGUGGGCGAGAUUUCUGGCACACCACGAGCGUGCCACGGUUGAAAAUCCCUGCUAUACGACUAUCAGAUGGAGCUACAGGAGUACGAGGAAUCAAGUUUUUCAAUGGAACUCCUGCAGCCUGUCUUCCCUGCGGCACUGCUCUUGGAGCAACCUGGGAUCCGGAGCUGAUCGAAAAGGGGGGUGCACUUCAGGCACGCGAGGGCAUUUUGAAAGGGGCCUCUGUGGUGCUGGGGCCUACGACCAAUAUCCAAAGAUCGCCACUUGGAGGUCGAGGGUUUGAAUCCUUCAGCGAGGACCCCUUUCUUGCUGGAACUUUAGCCGCUGCAACGAUCAAGGGUCUCCAGUCCAAUGGCGUUGCAGCCUCUUUAAAGCAUUUUGCCUGUAACGACCAAGAGGAUCACCGUAUGUCUGUGAAUGCAAUUGUCACUGAGAGAGCUCUCCGUGAGAUUUACUUGAUGCCGUUUCAGGUGGUGCAGCAGAUCUAUCCUCCAUGGACCUACAUGGCGUCAUAUAACAAAGUUAACGGAGUACACUCGACUGAAAAUAUACAUCUGUUGAAGGAGGUUCUUCGAGAAGAAUGGGGAUUUGACGGGCUUGUGAUGUCAGAUUGGUUCGCCACGUAUUCGGCCGACAAGGCCAUCCUUGCUGGUCUUGAUCUAGAAAUGCCGGGGCCCAGUUACGCCAGGGGUGCGGCUCUGCGCCACAGCAUACUCCCAGGAAAGGUGAAAGAGUAUGAACUCGAUGCGUGCGUACGACAAGUGCUUCGACUCAUCAAAAGAGUGCUUCCGUUAGGCAUCGAAGAAGAUGCCGAGGAAAGGACAGACUCCAAUCCCGAUACUUCAAAGCUCCUUCGGUCUAUUGCAGCUGAAUCUAUUGUGUUGCUGAAGAACGAGAAUGCCGUCCUUCCCUUCUGUCCAGACAAGUUCACCGCGGUUAUUGGUCCAAACGCAGACUUUGCUGCCUUCUCCGGUGGUGGCUCCACCAUGAUGACUCCGUAUUACACAGUAUCGCCUUUAGAGGGGAUCAUGUCUGAGUGCAAACAAGUUGGAUAUUCUCUCGGAUGCGGCGGAUGGAACAAAUUACCAGCGCUCUCUAGACUUACAAAGACAAAAAGUGGACUACAAGGUCUGACGAUGGCUGUGCACCUUGAACCUUCCACUAGAGAAAAGAGAGAGUUGCUGGAAGUGAUCCACGUCUCAGAUUCAGUGAUGGACUUCUGUGAUUACAAGCACAAAAGCAUGGGCGAUGACUAUCUCUUCUACGCCGACUUCCGGGGAACUUUAAUCCCGGAAGAAUCUGCAAAUUAUCAAUUUAGCUGCUCAGUUCUCGGCACAGCCCGUGUCUUCGUCGACGAUCAGCUUCUUAUCGAUAAUGCAACGAACCAAGUCAGAGGCGAUACCUUCUUUGCGACCGGAACACGGGAAGAAUUCAACACCAUCUUUUUAGAGAAAGGACGCGCCUAUGAAAUUUACGUUGACUUUGGUUCCAUCGCGACCUACACACUUGAAGUAGCCUCUACUGCUCCAUUUGGUGGAGGUGGCCUACGUUUAGGUUGUACCAGGGUAUUUGAUCCACAGGGAGAGAUCCAGAAAGCAGUUGCGCUUGCCAAAGCGGCCGAACAAGUUGUGCUCUGCAUCGGACUGAACGGCGAGUGGGAAUCCGAAGGAUUUGACCGAGACAACAUGGAUCUUCCUGGGUAUACUGAUGAACUUGUUCGGGCCGUAGCUCAAGUCAAUCCCAACACUGCGGUGAUUGUGCAGUCUGGUACGCCAGUCACCAUGCCGUGGGUAGAUCAAGUACCAGCCAUCUUACAAGCUUGGUACGGGGGAAAUGAGACUGGAAAUGGAAUUGCUGAUGUAAUAUUUGGAAAGAAAAACCCGGCUGCCAAAUUACCACUGAGCUUCCCUUCUCGUCUCGAAGAUAAUCCGUCAUUUAUCAAUUUUGGAAACCAAGGUGGCAGGGUUCUCUACGGCGAGGAUGUUUUUGUUGGAUAUCGGUAUUAUGAAAAGUCUAAGACACCGGUGGCCUUUCCUUUUGGUCAUGGACUUAGCUACACCUCGUUUCACUUCGAGACACUACAAGUCAAAAACGACGGCGAGUCUUUCCUCAUAUCUGUCGACGUAGCAAAUACGGGUGUGGCGGAUGGCGCACAGGUUAUACAGGUUUACGUUGCGCAUAUCGACCCUUUGAUCCCACGACCAUUGAAAGAACUAAAGGGCUUCAAGAAAGUAUUCAUUCCGGUGGGCGAGUCUAGAGUAGUAGAUAUACGGGUGUCAGUUAGGCAUGCUACUAGCUUCUGGGACGAGGAUAGAAACAUGUGGCUAAGUGCCAAGGGAGACUAUCAACUUCUUGUGGGCGACUCGAGCGCAAAUACACCUCUAUGUCAUCAAGUGACUGUAGAGGAAAAUAGCUGGUGGAAAGGAUUGUGUAAUUAG